CUCUAUCUCACUUGACUUGAAAUAUCGUUCAGACUGGUCGUCACAGAGCUUUGUAAGCACAACAAAGCGUUACUAUGGACACCUCGCGAUGGUUCGCCCUGUAGUGAUCAGCUGCGAAGUUGAACUAUUAAACAGAUAAAUUCAUUCAAGGGAAACAGAUAAUUUUCCGAUAGAUAAUAGUUUCACACUGUGCAGAUACUUUGAAAGAAAAUUCCCGGGACUCGUGUAUGGUGUUUGAAAUUAAUCGCAGGGACGGUAGUUGACGGGAGAAUAACUUGCUGACGACGACUGAUGCCUCGGAGCGUCCUAAAAUGACACGCGGAAGUCGAGUUUCUCGCGAACGAAGAUCUACGGCGAUCGAUGAACAGCUCCAACGGAACGACAGCGAGGAUGAAGCUUCCGUUCGCGAUAUGGAGCACGACAGCUUUGCGAAACGCGGCGGCACGCCGUCGCAGAAACGAUGGAGCAGCUCGGAAGAAUCGAGCCGACCCUACGGCCGAGAAAUCACAACAAAUUUCCCACGAAGACAAGGUAGCAUUGAAGACACCGAGGAGACCGAGGAGUCACCGGAUGUCAAGAGUAAUAAUAAGUCACGCGAAGCCGAGUUAUACUCGGCUCGCGAAAAAGCGCGUAAUUCCGACAUUCACGCGAGCGAAGAUAGAAUCGCGCCGAGGUCUCUCGGGAGGAGGAGGAAGCGGAGUAAACGGACGGAGAGACUAAAGUUUGGUGCACGGCCUCGCACGGCAGAUCACGAUCGCGAUCGAACAGACACAGGAUCUUCCGUGAAGCGCUACAGCGACAGGGAAGACAGCCUCGCUGAUAAAUCGCGAAAAAGAAGGAGGAAUGUUUCCCGAGCGGACGACGAGGUACCCAUCACCGAGAUCCUGAAGAAGGCUCAAGAGAACGUGCGCACAAAAUAUGAGGAACCCGUGCCGCUUCCGGAAUUGACUACGGACACAAUUUAUAUUCAGGGCAGGAGCGGCUUUAGCGCCGUGAAAAUUGGCGGAUCGAGACGUGCUUUGGGAAAUGAUACGACACACGCGGCUAACGGUAGAGAAGGCUGCGAUUCCACGGAGACGCUCAUAAAGGUGGCAAUCACGGCGCAGAAAUUUUGGAAAUGCACCGGUGUCAUUUAUCAGGGCCUCCUGGGCGGGAUGGCGUUUCUGCAUCUCAUAAUGAUUCACGUUUUUUUCAACACGUCGAUGGAAUUCAUGUCGGAUUACUCGGUCUUCUCCGAAAUGUACACGAAUAUAUUCUCCUUCCUAGUCGCCCUUUGUGUCAUCUCCAUCUUUGACAAAUCCGAUCUGGCGCGGCUCGACAUGGAACACUUGCGCGAGAUUUAUAUGGACCACGCGAAAACUGCCAUCGCCGUUCUGCUCUACCUGGUGACUUUCGGGCUCCAUCAGGCAUCGUCGAAGGUGGACGAUCAGUUGGCUCUGGUGCAUUAUCACAGUAUCAACGAAACGUGGUCAAACAACACAGCACAAGAGACCCUCCUGGCGGAGCUGAACGGUUGGCAGAAGGUGACGAUAUCGAAGGACCUGCUCGCGGUUUUUGCCUGGCUGUUCGUCGCCCUUGGAACGCGGGACAACAUGCUGUUGACGCACCUCGAGUCGAUGGUGCAAUAUGCGAGCAACGCGGAAUCUCCGAGAUGACAUUCGAAGAAUGACUUUCACUGCCGAACGAGCCAAACGCGCAUGAAGUUCUUCCGCGCGAUCGCGCAGACUGAAUAUCACAAAGUUCUGAAAACGGGAAUACUUUAGGGAAUAAC